AUGCCACCGGAAAUGCUCUUGAACGCCGCUCUCAACACCAAGGUUCGGCGCACGGAUUAUGUUCGUAGUCUGUAUUUCUUCAUCAUAUGCCACUUCUACGGCGGCGAGCCGUCCGUACGGUGGCUCGUCGAGGGAGUAAAGGAUCCGCGUAGAUCCGGUCCAGUUGAAGGUAUGUGCACCGCCACUGCCGCCGCGCCGCCGCGCCGCCACGGCGGCAUAUGCCGCCUUUCCCAUUUCCCGGGUGUUCUCCACUCCCACCCUUCUCGGCGCAUUGCCAACGCAUUCCGCAACUACUCUCCGAUACCCGUAAGCAUGCCGCCCUCGGCAUCCGCUGUCUCUCACUCCUUCGCCCUUGAUCAGCACUCAUACACUCCUACUGCCCCUCGUCAUGCAGCUCAAAGGCCAGCUUAG